GUAUAGGUCCACACCAUGAUGGGAACCCAGGACAGUCCUGGGUUCCCACGGAGUCUGGUACCCAGCAACAGGCUUAUAGCCACCAUGGCAUCAUCAGACGAAGGCAAGCUUUUCAUCGGAGGGCUGAGUUUUGACACCAACGAGCAGUCGCUGGAGCAGGUCUUCUCGAAAUAUGGACAGAUCUCAGAAGUGGUGGUCGUGAAAGACAGAGAGACCCAGCGGUCCAGGGGCUUUGGGUUUGUUACCUUUGAGAACAUCGACGAUGCCAAGGACGCCAUGAUGGCCAUGAAUGGGAAGUCUGUGGAUGGGCGGCAGAUCCGGGUUGACCAGGCCGGCAAGUCAUCUGAUAGCCGCUCCCGUGGGUACCGAGGUGGCUCUGCCGGGGCCCGGGGCUUUUUCCGUGGGAGCCGAGGCCGGGGCCGUGGGUUCUCCAGAGGGGGAGGGGACCGAGGCUAUGGCGGGGGCCGGUUCGAGGCCAGGAGUGGUGGCUACGGAGGCUCCAGAGACUACUACAGCAGCCGGAGUCAGGGUGGUGGCUACGGUGACCGGAGCGCGGGGGGCUCCUACAGAGACAGCUACGACAGUUACGCUACACACAACGAGUAAAAAUCCUUCCUGCUCAAGAUCGUCCUUCCAAUGGCUGUAUAUUUAAAGAUUGUGGGAGCUGCGCUGAAUCGUUAAUGGUGUAGUGAACACACCUCCUUGUCCCCACUUCUGUAGUCUUAAUCAGUUCCGAUCUUGUCGAACACAGCCUGACUGCUUCUGACCCCCCCCCAUGGCCUCAUCACUACACUUUUCUUUUUAAGGAGGCGUUGUCUGUUUUUAAAGGUUUGCAAAACGUUUUGAAAAGCACUCCAGAUCUCACUUUCACCUUUUUACCACGAGCCGUGAGUUUUAGAAAGUCAUCAGGGGUUGUGUGGGUUUUGCUGUUUUUGAUUCGUUGCCUUGUUUCUCUUUUUGGUUGGUCGGCCCCAUGAAGUGGGUGCCCCAAGUCACUUCUCUUUGAGAGAGAUCCGACUGUGAAUCCACUCUGUCAGAAGCUGAGCACGCUGUGGCUUUUUUCCAACUGCGUGUCACGUUUCUGAGUGUGGGUGGUAGGACCGUCCCGGUGGCAGUGGCAGAGCCGGGCAGCUCGGCCCGGCCCGUGUGCCCACCUGUGCUGUGUGACCCACGGUAGACUUGCAGACGUCUCCGAGAGGUUCUUGAAAACGUUUAUUUAUACCGUCCUUUUUACUGGAAGACGUAUGCAUAUCCCAUCCGUGUUGUAUUUGAAGUGGUUGAGGAAUUCUUGUACGCAAUUCUCUUUGGCUUCACGAAGCCGAUUAAAAGACCAUCUGAAUGAA